AUGGCGACAUUGACGCAAGGAAUUAAUCUAGAGCCUGAGAAACAGACCCUCCUGAAUCAGCACAAAGAGAAGCACUUCACUGCCGGUGAGGUUGUUCGUGACAUCAUCAUCGGUGUAUCCGAUGGUCUCACUGUUCCUUUUGCUCUCGCUGCCGGUUUGUCUGGAGCUAAUGCUACGUCUUCCAUCGUUCUCACCGCCGGCAUCGCUGAAGUUGCUGCUGGCGCCAUCUCCAUGGGACUUGGAGGGUAUCUAGCGGCUAAAAGUGAGGCAGAUCACUAUGCAAGAGAGCUCAAGAGAGAGCAAGAAGAGAUCAUUAGUGUUCCUGAUACAGCAAGAGUAAAUGGGUAUUGUUUGGGACAAAAUGCAGAGGCGGCUGAAGUGGCUGAGAUACUGGCACAGUACGGAAUAGAGCCGCAUGAGUAUGGGCCUGUGGUUAGUGCUCUAAGGAAGAAGCCUCAAGCCUGGCUUGAUUUCAUGAUGAAGUUUGAGCUAGGAUUGGAUAAGCCGGAUCCAAGAAGAGCACUACACAGUGCACUGACUAUUGCUAUUGCUUACAUUUUGGGUGGAUUAGUACCCCUCAUUCCUUACAUGUUCAUUCCAAGAGCUCAAGAUGCUGUGAUUGCUUCGGUUAUCUUAACUUUGGCAGCCUUGCUAAUCUUCGGAUUUGCUAAGGGUUACUUCACUGGUAGUAAGCCCUUUAAAAAUGCUUUGCAAACUGCCCUUAUUGGUGCCAUUGCAUCUGCUGCAGCAUUUGGGCUGGCUAAGGCUGUCCACCCAUAA